ACGGCCGUUGGAUUCUUCAUUACAAGCCUCCCAUAAUUAUGAUGUCUCCAUUUCAUAUAUCCACUGUCUUCUUCUUAAUCUCUCUAAUUCCAAUUAAUCCUGACCGUCCAUUCAUAUAAUUCACCAUUGGAAGAUACUAGUACUCUACACGUAAAGCCAGGUUCAUCGUUCAAGAUAGCUAUUUUUGCCGACUUGCAUUUCGGAGAAGACACGUGGACUGAUUGGGGGCCACGUCAAGAUGUGAACUCCACUAAUGUUAUGUCUACUGUACUCGAUCAAGAACAUCCAGACUUUGUAGUUUAUCUAGGCGAUAUCGUUACAGCCAACAACAUACCAAUACAAAAUGCAAGUUUAUAUUGGGAUCAAGCAAUCUCUCCGACCAAAAACAGGGGAAUUCCAUGGGCUAGCGUGUUUGGAAACCACGACGAUAUGCCAUUUGAGUGGCCAAUGGAUUGGUUUUCAUCGACCGGAAUUCCUCCACUUCAUUGUCCGGGAAAUGCUUCCUGCCCCGGUGAAUCUGAAGGGGGAAAAAGUUGCAGCUUCAAGGGCACAACGCGUUUGGAGCUGAUGAUGAAUGAACUAAAGAUGAAUAAUUUAUCUUACUCGAAAUCCGGUCCUAAAGAUCUAUGGCCAAGUGUUUCGAACUAUGUUCUUAAACUUUCAUCUACGAAUGACCCUGAAUUAGUCAUAGCAUAUAUGUAUUUCUUAGAUUCUGGUGGUGGUUCAUAUCCUGAGGUCAUAUCAAAUGCCCAAGCGGAAUGGUUAAACCACACAUCUCAAGAGAUCAAUCCUACCUCAAGGGUGCCUGAGAUAAUAUUUUGGCAUAUACCAAGCCAAACAUAAGACGGUUGCGCCAGGAUUUUAUUCACAUAAGCACUGUAUUGGCUCAAUGUUCGUGGAGAAAGUCAACUGCUCAAGAAGCUGAA